AAAACGGUCAAGAUGUCUGUCACGCUUGAGUUAGAUAAAAGUCUAAAAGUUAAAAUCACCUUAACACUAUUUUCAGAUGUUACAAACAGCAAAGAAUUACGACAGAAGUUAGUUGAAGGGUCUUUACAAUGUAGCAUCAUCAAACCUUCUUUAGUGUUGGAUACAUUCCAGUUGUUAGUUGCAGCCAAUAAAGCAGUCCUAAGUCAACAACAGGGAACGCUAAAGACAAAAGGAAUUUAUUCUGAAAUUUUGUAUAAUCUGUCACCCUCAAAAAAUAUCACAGAGUCAUUGAAAACUUUUGGUAUUGGUGAGAAUGAUACCUCUAUACUUGUACUCGUACUCAAUGAUAUAGAUGGAACAAAAGUCAACUCCAUAUCAUCAGUAGUUAAAGGAAAACUAGCCUCACUUGAUACUCUAAACAUGCAUACUAAUGAACAGGAAAUAAAAAAGGUUUAUAAAAUCAAAGAAGCUGAACAGAACUGUGGAUCAUUACUAGGUUCUCUUGUUAGCCGAAUUGCUGUGAAAGAAAUUAUUUCUAUUUAAAAACUAAUUUUUUUGCAUGAUUAUUUGUGUACAAGAGUUAUGAUACAUCUGUAUUCUAUUAUCAAGCAUUUCGUGAUUAAGUAAAUAUAAGAAUUUUAGUUUAUGUAGCUUUAUAGUUUUUACUGUUAAGUAUAAGUAAUACAGUUUUUGAACUCUGGGCUUGGCACAUUUUGGUGGUUAGAGAACUUGACUCAAUAUCUGAGGAUUGCAAGGUCAAAACCCAUCCUCAGAACAUUUUUGAUCUUUUAACCAUGUGGGUGUUAAAUAUGAUGAUCAAUCCCACUAUUCAUUGGUAAAGAAUAGCCCAAGCAUUGAUAGUAAAUGGUGCUGACUAACUGUCUUCUCUCUAGUUUAUUACUUUAAAAUUAGGGAAGGCUAGCACAGAUAGCCCUCAAGUAGGUUUGCACAAAAAUCAACAAACAAUUUGUAACAUUGGGCUUUUACAUCUUAAAGGUUGUAGCUUAGACUUCUGUAAACAAAAAUAAUAGUCAUUUUGAAGUAAAAUAUUACUGUAAUCAAUACAAGGUUAUUAUAAAAAUUCCAAAAACAACCUAAAAUCCCUGAUUCUUUCAAAACUUCAUUUUAACUUGAUUGGAGCUCCUGAAAGUACUGAAAGUUUUGUUAAGUUUUGAAUUUUCAUGAAUUUAAUAGUACAAUUUUUAUUCAUUAUUGUAUUUAUAAUGAAAAAAUAUUUGUUCUUGGCUGUUUACUCAGUAACAAUGAUGGCAUGUGAACUAAAUCCAUAUUUUCAGAAGUUUUAGAGAAGUAAUUUUGACCAAUUUAAAAUGUUAUUAUGAAACACUGCUUAUUGGCAUUUUUUCACAAACCUUCGCACUUCUGCAGUGUUUUGGAUGUAAUAAUUUUAGCUGGCUGAAUGUUAACAUAAAGUAAAGCUACCAACAUUUCAGCCAGAUUUUAUACUGCCAGAUUAGUGUUAAAAGAAUGAUGUGUAAAUUAUUCCUACAUGAUAAUGUCACAAAUUCGAUUUUUACAAGAUAUGAGGACUCUAACACAUCUACAUAUGUAGUUAAUAGAGGGAAGUAUAAAUUCACUUCCCACAUUGAACAUUUCAAAAAGGGCCUGUCUGCUGGAUCACUGAAUAAGACAGGUCAGCUCGUGCCACACUUAGACCUUAUAAAAUCUGAACUGGAACAUUUGCAAGUGUGUAUCCAAAGCAAAAUCAAAGUUUAGAAAA